AACGUGCUAAAGCUUCCCCUCAAAAUAUUUUGGCUUUUCUGCUUUUCAGCUGGUCUCCCAUACACUCAUCAUUCGUCAUCUGUGUAGGACAAGCCAUAGCGUGAUAACAAGCAUUCCAGCAUCUCAGCUCUUCCUCAUUUUUUCUCAGGAGGGAAAUCAAUGAUGGAGGAGCACAGCGUUGAAAAUAUGACACUGAGCCAGCCCAUGCCACUGAGCCAGGACUCGUUUCAGCAGCUGUGGGAGAGUGUGUGCGCUCCCUCCAUCUCCACGAUUCCAACGGGAAAUGUGAAUUAUGCGUCCACUGAUAUGUUGCUCUUGGACGAGCAAGAGCUUACCAACAGGUUCGAUGAACAUCUAUUGUUUGAGUUGCCGUCAGACAUGACCGCCAAAGAUGGAGUCACUCCCCCAGGCCCCACCGUCCCGGUCACAACUGACUACCCGGGGGAGUAUGGCUUCCAGCUCCGUUUUCAGAAGUCUGGCACCGCCAAGUCCGUCACGUCCACUUACUCAGAGCUUCUCAACAAGCUCUACUGCCAGCUGGCAAAAACCAGCCUUAUCGAAGUGCUGGUGGGCAAGGAGCCUCCUCAGGGUGCUAUCCUCAGGGCCACGGCGGUUUAUAAGAAGACGGAGCACGUGGCCGAAGUGGUCCGCAGAUGUCCCCACCACCAGAAUGAAGACGUCACGGACAACCGCAGCCAUCUCAUCAGGGUGGAGGGCAGCCAGAGGGCUCUGUAUUUCGAAGAUCCUCACACAAAGAGGCAGAGUGUGACCGUCCCCUAUGAGCCUCCACAGCUGGGCUCGGAGAUGACAACAAUCCUACUGAGCUUUAUGUGUAACAGCUCAUGCAUGGGAGGCAUGAACCGCAGGCCCAUCCUCACCAUCCUGACCCUUGAGACUCCAGAGGGGCUGGUUUUGGGGAGGAGGUGUUUUGAGGUACGUGUCUGCGCAUGUCCAGGCAGGGACCGUAAAACUGAAGAGGAGAACAGCACCAAGAUGCAGAGCGGCACCAAGCAAACCAAAAAACGAAAGAGCGCUCCGGCUCCUGACACUCACACUACUGUAAAGAAGUCCAAAUCUGCCUCCAGUGCAGAGGAGGAGGACAAGGAUGUGUUUGUUCUGCAUGUUCGUGGACGCGAGCGUUACGAAUGGUUGAAGAAAAUCAACGACGGUCUGGAGCUGCUCGACAAAGACAACAAGAACAAGAGCAGCACGUCCACGAAACACGAGGUCCCUCUGCCCUCCACCGGAAAGAGACUCCUGCAAAGAGGAGAGAGGAGUGACAGCGACUGAAAAACUUGCUUUCUCUAUCAUAAGAGAAAACGACGGAAGAUGAUUCCAAAAAUGUUUCACUUACUCCACUGCCUACCUGGUUUUUAAAGGGCCAGUGUGUAUGAUUUAAGGGGAUCUAUUGGCAGAAAUGGAUUAUAAGACUCAUAAGUAUUUUUUCGUUUGUGUGUAAUCACCUGAAACUAAGAUUGGCUCUCCUUUCGUUACUUUAUAAUGAGCCCUUUAUAUCUACAUGGGGGUCCUCCUUCACUUGAGUCCGCCAUGUUUCUGCAGUUGCCCAGGGCGGACAUAUCAAACGCUGGCUCUGAAGAGGUCCAUUUCGCAUUUUUUUUGGCGAGUUAUGUGAAAGUUUCUCCUGCUCGCGUGGAAGAGAGGAGAGAGAGACAGACAGAGAGAGACAGAGAGAGACAGAGAGAGAGAGAGAGAGAGAGAGAGAGAGAGAGGGGGGAGGUUUGGAUUGUAGUCUACAACCUCACCUCACUGUGACCAGUUCUGUUUCCUCCUCAGUGCUCAUAAUGUGUUAUAAAAAAUAUAUAUGUCACAUAUACUGCCAGUGCUCUAAAUAAUAAUUAUGGAUUUGGGUUAAAACAAGGACCACACCUGUCACUGCCAUUUAUUGCAGGUUUGAAUAUGUUGUAGUAUAGAAAAUCACAUGUAAGUGGGGCUGUUUUUUUAUACUAAAAUAUAUAUCAUGAACAGCUGUAAAGUUUAGCCCUUUUUAUUUUAUUUUAAGGGAACCGUAAGUCAUUAGCGUCACCUCCUCCAUGGGAGUGAUGCGUCUCGCAGGGAACAUCUACUGUCAGUAUUUUUGCUCAAAUUAAAACUUUGGUAGCCGAGGGGCUGGCUGGAUCACCCUAGAGGUUUAUUCCCUAUGCUUCUUUUCAGAGAGGGACACAAUGUAUUGGUUUUAUCCGGCCUUUUAAAAAAAAGUUUACACUGUUUUUAAUUAGUUUGCCCCUGUUUUGCUAUGAUGUAAAGAAUUAUUUUUGGCAUCCAGCAUUUCAGUUUGAUUUGACCAGUUGUUUUAUAGGACCACUUUUUUUCCCUGGCAUUUCUUCCCUUAUUUCUGUAUCUAGAUAGUUUAUUUUGGGACGUUAGUUUUAUAAAAGAGGUAUUUCUAUAUUUUUCAUUGUCUUUUUUUCAUGUACGUUUUUUAAAUACAUUUUUUUGUUACUUAAAGUUGUAAGAAGAAAAAAAAAUA